GCCAAACUUACUCUUGCGCCUAGCCCUUCUAACAUUUCCAGUUUUCUUUUUAGAUUAAAUUAUUAUUAUUUUCUUCAAAAUUUAGGUCUUCUUCUUCCUGUAAUUUCCCCCAAAUUUUAGAUUUUGAUUCAGUCAGAGCCAUUGUUGUUUCGAGGGUUAGGAGGUGUGGAUUCUUCCUUUCAAUUUCCCACCUGUUUCAAAAUACCGCCAAUUUCUCGCUCCAUCAUCCUGUACAAUUUUCCCAAGUUAACAUCUUUUUUAUUCCGGUUUCAAUCUGUAUACAGAAAUUGAAUACUUUUUGGGUUAGGGUUCUUUUGGAUUUUGAAGUUUGGGAUACGGAUCAAGAAAAAUUAAAAAAUAUUUACUUCUGGGAUAUUUUUUUUGUUUAUUUUUAUUUAAAUUUAGCUUGUGAGUGAUGGAUAAUAAGAAGAAGGUGGCGGUUCCGUUGGUCUGCCACGGCCAUUCGCGUCCGGUGGUGGAUCUGUUUUACAGUCCGGUUACUCCUGAUGGGUUCUUUCUCAUCAGUGCCAGUAAGGAUUCGAGUCCUAUGCUGAGAAAUGGAGAGACUGGAGAUUGGGUUGGAACAUUUGAAGGGCAUAAAGGCGCAGUGUGGAGUUGCUGCUUGGAUACUAACGCCCUACGUGCUGCAACUGCUUCCGCAGAUUUCUCUGCGAAAGUUUGGGAUGCAUUAACAGGACAUGUUCUACACUCAUUUGAACACAAGCACAUUGUUCGAGCCUGUGCUUUCGCAGAGGAUACACACCUUUUGCUUACUGGAGGAGUAGAGAAAGUUAUUCGUAUAUAUGAUUUGAAUCGUCCAGAUGCCCCUCCAAGAGAAGUGGAUAAAUCCCCUGGUUCAGUCAGAACUGCUGCAUGGCUCCACAGUGACCAGACCAUACUAAGUUCUUGUACUGAUAUGGGUGGUGUCAGAUUAUGGGAUGUAAGAACCGGUAAAAUCGUCCAAACUCUUGAGACCAAAUCAUCUGUGACCAGUUCUGAAGUGAGUCAAGAUGGUCGUUAUAUCACUACUGCUGAUGGGUCUACUGUGAAGUUUUGGGAUGCAAAUUACUUUGGGUUGGUGAAGAGCUACAACAUGCCGUGUACAGUAGAAUNGCUCUUC